AUGCAAGAAGAUUUAACAAUUAAAAAAAAAUAAAAUUUAAAUAAAUAUAUUUAAUUUAACGACAGGACAAUAUAAAAAUUUCUAAAAUUUAUGAAUGUAAAAAAAAAUAAUUAAAUAUUUUAUGAAAAUGAUUGUAUCUUCUUAUCAAGCAUAGAAACGUCCUAUACUUGUUAAGAGUAUUGUUUAGAUAUCAAAAGUUAGCAUGCAAAGGAAAUAAAUCAAGGAUACUAAAUAAAAAUGUUUAAUGACUAAUAUACUAUUAGCGAUAUUAUUAUAGAUACAGCUUAUAAAAGAUAAAGUGUUAAUUAAAAAUUUAUUUCUACUAUAGAUAAUUCAGAAGAAAUCAAAGUUAUAUUAGAAGAGCAUAACUUAGACACAUAGUAAUAAAAUGAAUUAAUUAAUAUUAUUAAUAGAAUUGAUACUUGCUUUUAGAAUAAUAUAAUUUAAGUUUUCCAAAAUCUAUAAAAUAAUAAUUACAUUUUAGAAAAAUUACUCAAGGCUAAAAAAACUCAAAUGACAUUUCAUGGAUAUCAUAAAUUAGAUAAAUAGAAAUAGAAAUAAUUGCUAUUUAUUAUUGAAAUUAAUUAAAAAAGUUAAGACGUUAAAUAAUUCCAAAUGAAUGCAAUUUAACAGAAAGAAAAGGAAAAAUAGAUCAUAAUUUUAGAAAGAUACUAUUAAUUAAAAGAUGAGUUUUAUUUGUUUGUUUUAUUUAAGGAAAAUUACUUAAAAUAUAAAUAAGCGAUAAAGUAGUGUAUUUAGAAGGAAAUAUAAGCUGUUUGGAGUAUUUAGAGGUUUUUUGAAGGAAUUUAAGAUAGAUUAGAUGUCUUAAGUAGAAUAAAAAAUUUAUUUGAAAAAAUACUAAAUUAAUUAGUUUAUUAAAAAAUUUACUUGAUAGAUUAUAAGAAAGAGGAAUUAUAGGUUUAUCAUUUUAAUGGGUUUUAAUAAGUUUCUAAUGAAUUUUAAGACAUAGUCCUCUUGAUGUUUUUAGGAAAAUUUAAUAUAGAAGAAUUCAAAAGAUGUAAAGAUAAUUAUGAGUUUUUAGGAUAGAAAAUAAAUAGAAAAAUUAUAAUAGACUAGAUCCAAUUUGGGCUAGACAUGUAAAUUUUGGUUUUAAACAAAAAUAAUAAGAAAUUAGUUGAAAUAAAAAAAAAUAUGUAAAUGGAUUCAUAGAAAAUGAUUGAUUAGGUGAUAUUUAACUUUAACACAGUAAAUUGUAUUAACGAUAGCAAGAACCAGAUUAAUUCAAAUUGGUUUAAUAAAUUUUAGAAUGAAAUAUUUACAUCUUUAUUAGAUAAGCAAUACUUUUUGUGUCGUUUAAUAAAAUAAGAAAGCUAAAUUCUUAUGUUUGAUGGAUAUCAAGAAACAAAUAGUAGAUUUAAAGACUUAACAUUCAAAGUAUAUUAUCAAAGAGAAAAUAAACUUAUUGAUAAAGAAUUUUUCAUCAUUAAUUACUAUUAGAAAAAAUUAAAAGACAAAAAGAUAUUGCUUGAUUAUUUGUAAAUAACAAAUGAUUUGAAUAUUUUGGCACUUGAUAAGCAAGAAUAUAAUAAUUUUUAGGCUGAUAUAAAAAGAGAUUUAGAGAAUUAAGAUAUUUAAAUAUGGGAUAAGCAAAAAUUUAAGCAAUAAAUUAAUUAGGCGUUGAAAAAUAAAAAGACUUUUCAAAAGCAAUUUGAUAAAAUUCUUGAUUAGCUCAUACAAAAAAAUUACUAUCUAUCUAAUUACAUUUCUGAUUCAGAUAAGUAAGAAGAAAAUUUGUAAUUCUUUACAGGAUACUAAAUGAGAUCUUUAUCAUAAAAUAAUGAUUUAAUAUUUUAAAUGCAGCAUGAAAUAGAUAAUCAAAAACUACAUAGAGAAUAAAACAUUAUCGAAAUGAUUGAAGUAGAUUGCUAAGAAUAAAUAAAGCAAGACUACUUCAAAUUUGAAGAAAAUAUUCAUGUUACUAUUUUUAAGCAAAAGCAGUAUUAGCAAAUCAAAGAUAAAAUAGAAGAUCUUAAAAAUAAUAAGCACGCUUUUAUAUUUGAUUUGCAGAAAGUAUAUUAAUAGCUUAAAUCAAUUAAAGAGCUGAAAAAUCAUUAAAUUCUAUUUACUCAAUGGGAAACCAUUUCUAAAAGCUUAAAAUAACGAAAAUAUUUUAUCAAUUCAUACAUAAGUUAAGGUGGAUUCAGUAUAGUUUUGGAGGGAUAUAAAUAAAUUUCUCUAGGUAAGUGUGUAGGUGUUAUUUUUAAAUUUAUUAUCGAAGAAAGUAAAAUAGAUAUUUAAAAUGAAAUUGAUAUAAUGAAUCGAGUUAAUUAACAUUAAAAUAUUAUUAAGUUAUUAGAUCAUUUUUCAAUUAACGAUUCAUUAUAGGUUUUAGUUUUAGAAAAAUGUAGGUAUAGUUUGAGGGAUGAAUUAAAUUAAUAAACAGAUAAGGUUAAAAUAAUUUAAUCAAGAGUUAAAUAAAAUGAAUUUUAAGAUGAAUACAAUCCAUUUGGAGUUUAAAAACUGAUGAAAAUAUUCUCUGAUUUAUUAGAUGGGUUGAUUGAGAUGAGAAGUCAUCGUAUUAUUCACUCUGACAUUAAACCUUCAAAUAUUUUAAUUAAAGAUAAUCUUGAUUAUGUAUACUGUGAUUUUGGAGUUUCCCUCAUUAUAUAAGAUGAUAGUUAAAGAUAACCUCUAGGUUAUACAAUAAUCUAUGCCUGUCCUGAGGCUUUAAAUUUAAAUACAAUAAGUUUCAAAAGUGAUGUUUACUCUCUUGGCAAAACAUUUAGAGAAGUACUAAGAGUAUAUAAUAAAUUAAAUAAUAAAACUUAAUUUAUAAUGCAAAUAGAAAAAAUUAUUAAUGAAAAUAUGGUCCUUGAAAAUGCUUCAGAUAGAUAUGAUUGCUUGAAGUUGCACCAAUUAUUUUUUGAUUCUAUCAAAUACUUGGAUGAUAAUGCAAAUAAAUUUUUUUUAGAGUUUUACCAAAAAAAAAUCUUCAAAUUAGUUUUCAUCCAUCCUUUAUCCGUAUUUGACUUUUACAAAAAUAAAGAUUUUACAUUCAUUGAAACUGCUUAGAAACACUAUUACAAAAUUAGGAAAAAAAUUUUAUUUAUGAUUCAUGAAAUUUAAAUUAAUCUUCUCAAUAAAAAAGAUGAUAUUUUUAUUCUGAAAAUAUUUGAAAAGGUUAAAAUAGAUUAUUAAUAUUUUAAAAAAAUAUAGUAAGGUAAAUUCCUUAAGAAAAUAGUAAAUUUAGUUACUCAAAUAAAGCUUAAACUAAAGAAGGUAUUUACAAAUUUUAAUUAAAUGUUACUUGGAUGGAGUAAAAGAUAUAAUUUUAAAACUCAGGAUAACUUUGAAAAAUAAAAAUAAUUAUUUAAAACCAAAUAGUAAUAAAAUGAUAAUUAAUUAAACCUAAUAAAAACAAAAAAAGUAUGA